AUGCCUUCUGCCUUGCCAAUCCGAUCUCGUCCAUACAAACCGAGUAUUCCCCAACAACUACCCAAAUGUCCUGAUGAUUCCAAUCCCCACUCGGUCGUUCUGCUGUCAGACUCAAGCUUGAGUGAUGUUCCUUCUGACUUCGAGUCUGAAAACUACUACAAUGACGAGGGCAUUUUUGUGUUACCCCCAACUCCCGUGAAGAACCCGGAAUUCGUUGCCGCAGAAUCCGCUACUAUUCCUGAAAGUCUCGUUACACAGACAUCUUUUGUCUCUCCAGAAGAUCCCAAGACGCCGCGAACGAAGUUACCCAAAGUUUCCCCAUAUUUUCCGAAGCCACCGCGCGAUCCACAGUCUUGUCUUCCUUUCCCCCCACUCAGUACUCAAUCUUUCGGUCUUGUACAGGAGCAGCUGGCCCACGAUCCAUUCAAAUUACUUAUUGCAACCAUAUUUCUUAACCGCACCCGUGGAGGGGUAGCUUUGCCUGUUUUGUUCAAAGUGUUUGAGCGAUAUCCGACUCUGGAAUCUAUGGCUGUUGCUGAUGAGUCAGAUCUGGUAGCCAUGAUCAAUUGUCUUGGUUUUCAAAAUCAGCGUGCUAGAAAGUGCAUCUUGCUCGCGCAAACUUGGCUAAACAACCCCCCUGUGAAAAACAAACGCUAUCGAAAAUUGCACUAUCCUCAUAAGCUGGAUGGUCGAGAUAUUGGACGAGAUGAAUGUGUUGAUGAUGAAGACCAUCGAUCAGCAUGGGAAGUUGCUCACUUUGCUGGUGUUGGUGCUUAUUCCCUGGACAGUUGGCGCAUCUUCUGUCGGGACAAGUUACGGGGAGUGGCUACAGAUUGGCUGGGGACUGGCGCCACUAGUGAUGGAUUUGUUCCUGAGUGGAAAUCAGUUCUUCCCAAAGACAAAGAACUACGCGCCUACUUGACCUGGCUUUGGCUCAAGGAAGGUUGGGUGUGGGAUCAUCACACUGGUGAUCUCAGUGCAGCGAGUGAGAAGAUACUGAGAGCUGCCCGAGUGGGUGGAGUAGCCCAUGAAGAAGAUGGGAAUUGGACAUUGGAGACUUCACCUGUCAAGGCCAGGAAUGAAUUCCACGAGGAUUGA